AUGUUCGUGACGCUGGUGUUCCCCGAAUGGGUGCUGGGAAUAGCCGUUCUCCAGUUCACCAAAGCCACUAAACUAGCCAAAAGUAUUCGUAAGCUGCAGGAUGAGAAGACUGAGGUCACUCGUCAGCACGGCUUCUUCAUCCUAAUGGGCGGCUUCCACCUCUUUGAACGAGACCCUACCUUGCCUACAAAUGAAAUGGGUGAGAGGAACAGUGAGAUGGCUCGCCUAUUGCCCAAUAAAUCAGGUAUAGAAGCAGAAGUUGCCUGGAGUACAACAGGGGCCAAUCGAGUUGAAGCGUUCGGCAAACCUAUUCAUCCUCUGGAUGAAUUUGAUGUCUGUCGUCUCAUUGAGGUUGGCAAACUCGUCCUACCUACUCCGGCCGAGCUGGACGACAAGUGCAAGAGCGAUGGAUUGGCCAAGUUUCUUGUCAUUGCCCAAACACUCUGGUUCAUCUCUCAGUGUAUUGCGCGAAAAGCCAGUGAACUACCACUCACAGAGCUCGAGGUCAUUACGCUUGGAUAUACUCUACUCACUGUGGCAAUGUACAUUGCAUGGUGGGACAAGCCAUACCGAGUGAAGUUCCCUAUACGUGUAUAUCAAGCACUCCCACCACGUACAAAUGAGCAAGAGGAGCUGAAGACGGAUAUGGAAAUCGCCGACUUCUGGGGUUUGGCGUUUGCGUAUGUCACGGGCACCCAGGGAGAGCUCACUGAUCUGCGGAGUAUGAAACGAAUUCCAAUGUUUCACUCUGGUUACAUCAGUGAUCUCUGGACUUUCAGCGAUACUUCCGGUAUGUUGACCACGAUCAUUGUUGGGAUGGUGUUUGGUACUGUCCACUUUCUUGCAUGGUCAUCACCCAUGCCAUCCCAUCAUAUGCAAUUUCUCUGGCGAUUCGCGACGAUUGUCAUGACUGCAGCCCCGCCUGCAGCAAUCGUAGUCCUCGUCUUUGCGCAACUCAUUCGCAACGUGCUGUCCAAAACCAUGGGUGAUUUGAUCUGGUACUCCCUUUUUUUAUUACCGCUCUUAUACCUUGCUGGACGAGGAAUAACGAUUGUCCUGGCAUUAGUGACGCUUGCCACGCUCCCACUCGAGGCAUAUCGAGACGUCGAGUGGUCAGACUUCUUUCCCCACAUCUAG